UCUCAGUCUUCCAGUGAUCUCCUCCCUUUGGAUCUUGCAUGCUCAAGGACUUGGUGAUAAUUUUUAAAUCUUUCUUUGCUUUCCAAACUCUGAUGAAGAAUUCAGGCUUCUGAAAAUCAUACUGCACUGAUCCACAGCUCCAUCCAUUCCCCAAAGUCUUCAUGUUAUGGCUAUGUUGCUAGCACCUACAUGGCUCUUGGUGGUGGCUGUGACCAUUUGCCUCGGGCUACUGAGAUCUACCCAAGCUGGUGCUUAUUAUGGGAUCAAGCAGAUGCCUCCCCAAGUGCCUCAGUACCAACACCUCGGACAACAAGUACCUCACAUGCCGUUGGGCAAAGAUGGCAUUCCAAUGCAGCACAUGGGCAAGGAGACACCACACCUGCCAUAUGGGAAAGAAUAUGUGCCUCAGUAUAUAAAAGAAAUCCCACAGAUACCCAUGCUUGGCAAGGAGAGGAUUUCAAAGAAACAGAAAGCUGAAAUCCCAUUAGCCAGUUUGAGAGGUGAACGCGGUCCUCCUGGAGAGCCAGGACCAAGAGGCCCACCUGGAGCUCCAGGGAUGCCAGGACAUGGAGUGCCGGGAGCCAAAGGAAAACCAGGUCCACAAGGAUAUCCAGGGAUUGGCAAACCAGGCAUGCCCGGAAUGCCAGGAAAAUCGGGAGGAAUGGGGGCUCCUGGACCAAGAGGCGAGAUGGGGCCAAAGGGAGAAAUUGGCCCCAUGGGCAUUCCGGGGCCCCAAGGACAACCAGGACCCCAUGGACUCCCUGGCAUAGGUAAACCAGGGGACAGAGGAUUGCCAGGACAGCUGGGAGGAAAGGGUGAGCCAGGAAUGAAAGGACAACCUGGAAUACAAGGCCCUGCAGGUCCAAAAGGAGACAAAGGCGUUGGAAUUCCAGGAUUGCCAGGGCUAAAAGGUCCACCUGGUUUGCCUGGGCCUCCAGGUCCAGUUGGACUUCCUGGGAUAGGCAAGCCAGGAAUGAUUGGAUUUCCUGGUCCACAGGGACCUGCAGGCAAACCAGGGCUUCCAGGGGAGCGGGGGCCUUCAGGCUUGGUGGGAGCUCCUGGGAUACAAGGUCCUCCCGGCCUUCCAGGCAUAGGAAAGCCAGGCCAAGAUGGAAUCCCAGGACAGCCCGGCUUUCCUGGUGGGAAAGGUGAGCAAGGCUUGCCAGGCUUACCAGGACCUCCUGGUCUACCUGGGAUUGCAAAGCCAGGUUUCCCCGGACCUAAAGGGGACCGUGGCAUGGGUGGUCUUCCAGGGCCACUUGGGCCUAAGGGUGAAAAGGGGCACAUGGGCCCACCCGGCAUGGGUGGGCCGCCGGGGGAGCCAGGCCAACCAGGAUUGCCAGGAGUCAUGGGACCCUCAGGUGCUAUGGGGUUCCCAGGCCUUAAAGGAGAGGUUGGCGCCAUUGGGCCUCAAGGGCCUAUUGGUCCAAAAGGAGAACUUGGCUUACAAGGUUUCCCAGGAAAGCCGGGUUUCCCAGGGGAGGUGGGACCUCCAGGUUUGAGAGGCUUGCCUGGUCCAAUGGGACCUAAAGGAGAUGCUGGUCACAAAGGUCUGCCAGGUCUGCCAGGUGCUUAUGGGCCUAUGGGACCCAAAGGAGAACCAGGGAUCCCAGGAGCUCAAGGCCAUCAAGGCCCUUCUGGAAUCCCAGGCACAGCAGGAGCCAGUGGCCCAAUUGGCCCUCCAGGACUUCCCGGGUCAAAAGGAGAACGGGGUCUCCCAGGCCCACCGGGGUUUCCUGGAAUGGGCAAACCAGGCAUUGCAGGCAUGCAAGGACCACCUGGCAAGCCUGGAACCAUUGGUGCUCCCGGCCAGCCAGGCCUCCAGGGACCUCCAGGGCCCCCUGGCCCCCCCGGGCCCCCAGUCAUGAUGCAACCCACACCGCCAGCAAUGGGACAAUAUUUGCCUGAGGUGGGUCCUGGCCUCGAUGGAGUGAAGACUCCGCAUGGUUAUAUGGGGAAGAAAAGCAAAAAUGGCGGCGGCGCCUACGAGAUGCCAGCUUUCACGGCUGAGCUCACCACUCCUUUCCCCCGAGUCGGGGUGCCCGUGAUGUUUGACAAGGUCCUCUACAAUGGCAGGCAGAACUAUAACCCGCAGACUGGCAUCUUUACCUGCGAAAUCCCCGGGAUCUACUACUUUGCCUACCACGUCCACUGCAAAGGGGGAAAUGUCUGGGUGGCCUUGUUCAAGAACAACGAACCCUUGAUGUACACGUACGAUGAGUACAAGAAAGGCUUCCUGGACCAAGCUUCAGGGAGUGCUGUCAUUCAGCUGAUGCAUGGCGACAGAGUUUACAUCCAGAUGCCGUCUGAACAGGCAGCAGGACUCUAUGCCGGGCAGUACGUUCACUCAUCUUUUUCAGGAUAUUUAUUGUAUCCCAUGUAAACUAAGCAACUGGACAAUAUGAAAACUCUUUUUCUGUGCUUCAAACCUAUACCAUUGAAAGAUGCAU